UAACUCGUCUUAAUCUAGAAAAUUAACUUUUCCCAUAGUCAAUGGAUUUCGAAAUAUUCCAACAUUAAUUCAAAGAAUCAAAAGGAAAACAUUUAAAAAUGAUUUUGUCGACGUAACUUCAACAACAUCUUUAGAAACUGAUUCUGUGACCAGCGGCGUAACAAGCAACAAGAAGUACUGAAAACGAAAAUUAAGACGAGUAUUUAAUUAUCAUUAUUUAAUUAUAUAAUUUAUCAUUAGCUCUUGAACACGAGUCCAUUGUACCAAGUCUGACUUAGUUUCGAUAUCUUUUCCAGAGAAAUUAUGAAGUAAAACUUGAUAACCUUGCGAGUGUAAGCUGUUUUCCUAGAAGUGAAGGAUUUUUGCUUCCUUGCGUAACUAUUAUCUAUUAGCUAUUAAUACAAUAACCAAGCUUUUGAUAGUUUAUUAUGUUAUUAAGUUUUGUUGCUUCUCACGUUCAUAUGAUAGAUUUAAAAUGGUUUUGAAAUCAGUGUCAUACUUGGGUCGUCAGCUAUAUUCGUAUCCAUUACGAAAUGGAGGUUUCAAUAUAGCAGUGAGGAAACUAGCCAGUAUUGCUGUUUCUGAUCUCAAAUCUGUUAGUGAUGUGCCUUCUUCAUCAAAAAUACCAUACAUUGGCGCACUUAUUCAACAUAUUCCAGCACUUGGUGGUUUUGAUCUAGCUAAAAUGCAUGAAUCUGCCGAGAAAAAUUAUUAUAAAUUAGGACCGAUUUAUAAAGAAGACUUGAGGGCUCUAAAUGAUCCUGUUGACUUCGCCUUUUGGCUGAGUGAUGCUGAUGAUAUUGAAAAGGUUUACAGAUCCGAUGGUAGAUUUCCAGUUCGAGGAGGCUUUGAUUCCCUCGGAAUUUAUCGUAAAAUAAGACCUGAUGUCUACAAAGCUCUUGGCCUAUUGAUCUUAAAUGGUAAAGAUUGGCAUACUUUUCGUUCCAAGAUUCAACCAGUCUUAUUACAACCAAGAGUUAUUAGUAAUUAUAGCAACUCGAUUUCUUCAAUUGCUGAUGAAAUGAUCAAUGUAAUUCGCCAAUCCAGAGAUGAAAAAACACUGGAAAUAGCCGACCUUGGUCCAGAGUUAUAUCGAUAUACUUUGGAGUCAAUUGCUUUUAUUGCGCUUGAUAAAAGAUUAAAUUGUUUAAGUGAUUAUGGUACUACACAACGGAAUAUAGUUGCCUCUGUUAGCGAGUUGUUUCAUUUAGAAGCUACUCUCAAUGAAUCUUUCCUAUGGCGCUUUAUUAAUAGACCUUUUGGAAAGAAAUGGAAACGUUUCAUACAAAUAAACGACGAAUUUACAACAAUGGUUUUUGAAUUUGUUCAAGAUAAAAUAAAGCAAUUAGCAUCUGAACCUGCGAAAAAUGCUGAAGAUGAUGUCAGUGUACUUGAACUUUUCUUAAGCCGACCUGAUUGUACACCUGAAGAUGCUGUUACGAUGACAAUGGAUAUGUUUUAUGCUGGAAUCGAUACGACAGCUCAUUUGAUUUUAUAUACUUUACAUCAUUUGGCUAACCAUUCUAAUUUCCAGGAGAGAGUCUAUCGAGAAAUAAUGGAUUUAUCCAAUGGAAAUGGUAAUCUUGAUUCAGAUCAAUUAUCAAACUUGACUUUCCUAAAGGCUUGCAUCAAAGAAACCUCUAGACUUACACCAGUUGUACCAAUUUCAAGUCGUAUUAAUCGGGAGCCCAUCGCUCUAUCUGGGUAUUCAAUCCCUGCUCAUAAUUAUUUGAUUUUAAAUCAUUAUACUGUCGGCCAUCGGCCAGACUACUUCAGUGAUCCUUUAAGCUUCAAACCAGAUCGAUGGGCUAGAGAAAGUCGAGAAGAAAUUAAAGCCCAUCCUUUUGCUGUGUUGCCAUUUGGACAUGGACCACGAAUGUGUAUCGGUCGACGCAUUGCUGAAUUAGAAACUCUAUCCUUAUUGAGUAAAAUAAUUUACAAUUUCAAAGUAACGGCCAAACACACUGAGUUGCCGUUAUCAUUUAAGAUAAUUUCAUAUCCAGACAAUAAGAUGACAUUUACUUUUAAUGAAAGACAAAAGUGAAUCUCUCUCAAUGUUAUACAUUAUCAAUAAUAAUUAUUUGGAAAAUUUCAAACACUGUUUUUGUAUUUCUGUAAAUGUUGUCAAUGAAUAUAUUUGGAAACAUUACAAUUCAAGAUCAUUAAACAUCGGUAAAUCCGUUA